AUGCGCACGAUUCGCACGCCGUUUAGAAUUGUGGUGUUACUUUGGCUUUGUAUGAUAUGGAUGGGGAUGGGGAUGGGGAUGGUGCAGGGUGCGGAUACAGUUGCGGAUGGGGAUAAAGAUAAAUAUAAAGGUGGAUUGUUGGUAGGAGGGAAUGGGAAAGAGAUGGAGAAUGGAAAAGGAAAUGGAAAGGGGAUGGAGAAAGGGGAAAGAGAGGAAGAUAUGAGGUACGAGGGGUAUGAGGGGAAAGAUCAAGAUGAAGAGAGGUUGCCGUUGCCUAGUUAUCAUUUUGGGGCGGGUAUGGAGGUUCAGUGUUUGGAGAGGGAUUUUCAUACAGGAGAACAUAUUCAAUUGGAUGAUGGUUCAUUAAAAUACAUACCAUUCCCGAUAUGUAACGAAACUGGAAAACCAUUGGAAUUAAAAUAUGGAAUUGAAGAAGAACUCAACUGUACAAUCCCCAUAAUAACCGAUUCCUUCUUCCACAUCCUAGAAUUUUACAUCCAUUCCGACGCUCCUCUCUCAUGUCGACUUCCUUCCCGUCCCGCACCCACCAUUCAUCACAUCAACAGCUAUCCAAACUAUAAACAAGAAUACAUCCCUCUUACUUUUGCCCUAGCAGGCACAUUCCAAUUGUCACAUUUACAUAUCGCGUCCCAUCUUAAUGUGCUAUUGCAUAGUGUGCCAAAACAUCGCACGCAGAAGAGGGAUUCGGGGGUUUUGGGCUGUGGCGUGGGGUAUAGUACUGGGGGAAGGGGGAUGGGGAGGGGAAUGGGGAUGAAAAAAUUGAUUAUUGGGGAUGAGUUGGGACUGAGGUUUAGUGUGAGGUGGUUUCAGGGAACGAUGUUGCCGGGGGGUGAUGGGAGAGGUGGGUGGAGAUUUGGUGAGGGGGGUUAUGGUGAUGGUGAUGGGUGGAGGGGGUGGUGGGGUGUGCUGGGGGGGUUUGCGGUGGGAGUAAUGGUUAUGGGGAGUUGGGUGGGGGGUUGGGGGAGAGGGGUGAGUGGGAGGGGAAGGGGGAAACUGGGUUUAGGAGGUGCGGGUUCGGGUGGGAAGAGUCUUGGGGGUGCUACGCCGUUGGGGUAUGGGGUUGUGGGGUCAAAUGGAGGUGGAGGAGGAGCAAAAGUAGGUAAUGGAUGGGGAUUUGUUGGGGGUGGGAGUGGAGGUGGUGGAGGAAGGGGGGAUGGGAAGAGGGAUUAG